AUGGCUUCCACAGGCAUCGGAGGAAACAACGUUGACGUGCCUACCUUCGACGGUUUGGCCAAAUUCUACAUCUCUGUCGCUAUCAUUUGGACAACUGCCAUCCUCUGCGGCUCCGCCUUUCUCAUUGCCAAUCGCCAUGAGCAAUGCAUUCGAAUUCGUAACCUGUUGCUUGCACUGAGCGCCGUGUCAUGUCUCCAUGUCUACUGGGUUCUGUGCAUGGUCGCAUAUUCAUUGGGUACUAAGUACCCCUGUGCUGCAGAAUACUGGAUCAUGAGCAUCUAUCUGCCUCUGGGGAUCGCUCUUUUCCAAGCAAACAGCAUGCAGCUCCUGAGCGUCUUUGGCAUUCAAGAGAAGCUACUUUUUACCGCACAACAACCGUACAGACCCCAUUUCAUCGCCCGUGCAAGAUCCUCUAGCCGCAGCCUUUUUCAAUGGAGGCAAUUGAACCUCGUCCAACGAACGGAAUUGGGUAUUGUUGUUGGGAUGGUGGUUCAACUGCUUCUGUCGCUCUCCAUCUUCCUCACCUCGCGGAAAUUCCAAACCUUCGGCACCUUCUCCGAACAUGUGAGCCCGGAGAAAUGUCGGCGAGGUCCUGAAUGGAUUCCUUCGAUUCUCUGGCAAUUGUUCUGGUCUUGGAUAUUCGCGCCAUGCAUUCUGUGGAAGAUCCGGAACAUCCAUGACAUACACCACUGGCGGCUUCAGAUCACUUGCUGCGUCAUCGCUGCGUUACCGGGUUCGCCUAUGUGGUUCGCCGCACUGUAUUCGCCAACCAAAAUCUGGGAAACUAUCAACAGACACUGGGUGGCGUCUCUCUGGUUUGCUCCCGGUAUCAUGACGAUGGAGGCUGUUACUAUCUUCAUUCCGUGUUAUGAGCUUGUAGUCUCCAGGAGGCGGAGGAAUCGUAUCCUCGGGGAACUCCAAGCAUGGAAUGAAAAGAAGAUAGCCAGCGCGGACGAAUUGGAUUCCAGAGUAUCGCGAAGUCCAAGUGAAGUCAGCCACGUGCCAUAUGCUUAUUCUCGAAAAGCUCUAGAGAGGUGCUUAAAAGAGGACUCGAGCGCGCUUCUGCAAUUUGCCGCGGCCAAGGAAUUCAGCGGCGAGAAUAUUAUUUUCCUGAAUUACGUGCGCGACUGGAAGGAUUCCUGGGCGAAAAUCAGUGAAUCGAAGCCGGAAUACGAUUGGAACCACGAUCCCCAGUACCACCGACUUCGUUUGUUCAAGAUCGCGGUCGAGAUCUACGCAGUCUGCGUCGACCUUAAAACGGCGGAUUUUCCCAUCAACAUUGAAUCUCGGAUUUAUUCGGAUCUAAGGAAAAUGUUUGGUGAAGCUGCUCAGUCCAUCGGCCAAUCUGUAUCAACAAGGAAUGCCCCUGAGCUUUACAACGUGCCGCCGACGCACAGAAAAAAGUUGUCUCCUUUGAUAGCCGUCGAGGAAGACACCCACGCUCUGUGUCUUGAUGCAUAUGGUCACGAGAGCCAGACUAUCCUUAAUAUCGAGCCCCGUCUUCCGGAUUCUGUUAUCAUUCCUGCGGAUUUCGCAGUCCAUGUUUUCGACCAGGCCGACAGGUCUGUCAAGAACCUGGUGUUCCAAAACACCUGGCCCAAGUUUAUUAACACUUCCAGCGACCUGUCGAUUUAUUCUAAGUAA